AUGAAAUUAGCAUUAGCCUUACUUUUUGUUAUAGCAAAAAAUAUAUUCUGUCUCCAUUUAUAUGGUACAGAUACUUCUUUAUCUGAAAAUCCUAUUAGAGGACCAGGAGGUAGGACAGUUAGUAUAGAGUUCAAAGUCUAGUUUGCUCCUCAUGUAACUCCCUACGUUUUGAUUUCAUAUUCUAAGUUUCAUUUCUCGAUGGCUAAAAUAAAUCACUAUAAGGCAACUGUUGUUGGUGUUACAAAUAAAGGAUUUUCUAUCAUUUAUGAAACUGAGACAUAAAACAUGGAGUUUGGAGCUGAUGUUGAGUGGUUAGCUUUUGAUGAUACAAGCGAUUUCUUUGGAGAGGUUUAGUACAUAGAAGAAUAUGAUACUGGUUUUUUGAAAGAAUUCUACAAAACAGGAGAUGAGCAUAGAAUGUAGCUUAAAGAUGUCAAAUUCUAAAGAACUUAUUUGAGAACUCCAGGAGUAGCAAUAUAUGUGAUUGGAGCAUCAAACGAUGGUAUAGAGAGAUUAGUGAGUGCUAAUUACACUGAUGCUUCUCCUUUUUCUUUUACUUUACAAGUAUUGGCCUGGCAUCACACAGAGUUAACAUAUUACAAAUUUGCAAUUUUGGUAAUUCUUUCAAACUAUAUUACAUUUUAAAUAUUUUUCCAAAUAAUAAAAAGACAUACUAUAAAGAUGAAUGCUUGCAGAAAACAGGAAGAGAAUACGUAUGGAAUGAAGAGCAUCAUAAAUUUAGACCUCAUCCAUGGAAUUAGAUCCACUUAUAUAGUGAUAAAGACUUCCGUCAUAUGCAUUAUGACUUUCCUAUCCAACAUGAAAAUAGCAAAAACUUUAGACCUGAUUUCAUCUAUACUGGUUUUGUUGGAUAUGACAUCAAAAAUUAUCAGUAAAAUAGCGCAGAAUUUAAUUUAGCUCUUAGAAAUGUUGAAGUAACCAAAAAAGAAAUAAAAAUGGAUGUAGGUACUUGGAACAAAACUUAAGUUGCAGGAGCUCAAUGGAAUUAUGUAGUAUGCGAAACUAAUGGAGAUUUUGUUAGCUAAAGAAAGCUUACUCUUAUAUAAAAAAUUGUAAUUGGUGUUGCUGUCGUUGCUAUGCUAAUUACUUUUGUUAUAUUACUAUUAAAAAUCCCUAAAAUGCUAAAAAAAUAAAAGAAAGUCAAAGAUCUUUGAUUAAAUAAAUUAUUUAUCUAUUUUUUAAUUUGUUCAUGUAAUGUAAUAUUUCAUAUAUUAAGACUUCUUGCAUAUUUUAAUAAAAUAAUUAUAACACUUUUUAAACUGCUAACUGAAAGAUUAUUAUAGUAAAAACCAUAAAUAUCAAUAAAAUAGAAGUUAUAGUAUAUUUAAUGAAAAUCUUAGAAAAAAAAAUAAAAUCUUACAUAAAAUAUUUUAAAAAAAUACAAAUAAUUAAACAUCAAGCAACAAAAAAUCAGCAUAUAAUUUUGUAUUAAUUAAAUAUAAACCAAUUUACUUUUUAUUAUUCAUUAUAAAAAUUUAUUAAAAGUUGUUAAAUUGA